AUGUUGCACCCACGGCGUCAACUCAAGGCGUCGUCGCCGCCACUAGCGACGUCGACGGCGCGUCCGCGGCAGUUUUCGCUCUUCGUCGAGGCCGCCACGAUCCUCCACUCCAUGACCAAGCACUCGUCGUCGAUCACUUGUUUUCCCAAACUUUACACAAUUCCACGGCAGGCACCGUGGCCGCUGCAUCUCCAAGGCGUCAAGCUCAACACGGCUCAAGUCCGCAUGCACUACAAGAACAACAACCUGCACCCGGACACGAAGCGCGCCCUCGAGCGCAUCAACUUUGUGUUUGACGUGAACCAAGUCAAGUGGAAUCAAAAGAUUGCCGCGCUGUGCAUCUACAAGCAACUCCACGGCGGUGACCUGUGCGUCCCGCAGGACUUUCGUAUCCCGACGGACGAUCCACGCUGGCCACGCGACGUGUGGGGCAUGCGACUCGGCCUCGCCGUCCGCAGCAUCCGCCAAAAGACUCCCACUGACUCGGACCGGUACCGGCAGUUGUCUGCGAUGGGGUUUGUCUGGAAUGUCCUGGACAUGGGCUGGGAAACCAAGCGACUUGCGCUGCAAGCGUACAAGGCCAUCUACGGCGACCUCCUCGUGGCGUACAACUUUACCGUCCCCACCGACGACAGUCGGUGGCCACCAGAAACUUGGAACUUAAAGCUGGGCCACGCCGUCCACAACAUUCGCCAGAACGGACACGACAUGUCGUCGGAGCGUCUGGCCCAACUGACCGCGCUCGGGUUUGUCUGGGACCACUUGGAGUCGACAUGGGACGUCAAGGUCACAGCGCUGCAGUUUUACAAGCACGUGCACGGCAACGCCGCCGUCCCGUACGGUUUUGUCGUGCCGGGCGAAGGCGCUGUUCCGAUUUGGCCCCGGGAGACAUGGGGAAUGAAGCUUGGUCAUGCCGUCCACAACAUGCGGCAGAACAUGGACGAGAUGCCUGUGGCGAGAAGGUCCGUGCUAAACGCGCUCGGUUUUGCGUGGCAGUCGACGCCCCUCACAUGGGUCCUCAAGCUCCGCGCGCUCCAGAUCUUUAAAGACUACUACGGCCACCUAAACAUUCCAGACGACUUUCGAGUCCCGAUGGUGUCGACGCUAGACCAGCCGUGGCCUAAAAAGUGCUGGCACGUCCGGCUUGCCGACGUUGUGGACGAGCUGCGGCUACAAAUGACGACACUACACGCAAACCAAGUCGCGGCGCUGGAUGUCCUCGGGUUUGUGUGGCACAAACCCGCAGACGACAGCGCGGACGCGUGUGGUGUUGAGACGAUUUCGAUUUGCGACGGGUUCCCCUUGCUCAAGCGCCGGCGGUUCGAUGCAACGGCCCCCAACAUGUCCAUCGUGUCGUUGUGACUCGUGGCGCGUGUCAGGUGUGUCUUGGUGUCGGCCGGUUUAGUGAUGUUGUGAACGAAGUUAUGAAACGGAAUGCAAGACAGGUGUCGAUUCCAGCGCAUCGAGUUGGUCUCGCAAUAAAAAUCGAUGUCGUGCUCGUCCCCAGCAAUGUCUACUCGAGUACAUCACGUGCCCCCCCCACUGGGGACACCUAACGUUGCCGCGUUGACAUG